AUGACCCUUGACCAACUGAUCCGCCAAACACAACACCUCCUCCUCCUUCCGCCCAUCCGUCUCCUCAGCACUGUCACUGUUCCUGAUGACAGGAUGCGUCCAGACGUCAUCCAAGCAAUAAAGCUCGACACAUGCUACCGCACUGCUGCCAACGUCUAUAAUAUAGGCAUCUCCUCCGCCCGCUUUGUAAACUCGGAGCUAUUCCUGAAGCGUUUCAGCAGCACGUUCAAUUCUAGUCCCAUCCGAAACGGCUACGACAACAUAUGGCCCUUUCAGCGUCCUUAUGGCAGUGACCCAUACAACAUCAACAAUUUCCCGACCGUAAAUGAUAACGUUCGAAGCGUCAAGAUUGCCAAUUAUGAGACUUCGAACACCAGUGGCCAUGCUGGUAAUUCUGGAGAGCCAUCAGAGCUUGUUGGGUGCAUCCUCGCCAAUAACUAG